AUGGUUAGAACACCAGAAUCAGACCUCCUAUACCCCAGCCCCAGAAUCACACCUCCUAUACCCCAGCCCCAGAAUCACACCUCCUAUACCCCAGCCCCAGAAUCACAUCUCCUAUACCCCAGCCCCAGAAUCACACCUCCUAUACCCCAGCCCCAGAAUCACACCUCCUAUACCCCAGCACCAGAAUCAGACCUCCUAUACCCCAGCACCAGAAUCACACCUCCUAUACCCCAGCACCAGAAUCAGACCUCCUAUACCCCAGCCCCAGAAUCACACCUCCUAUACCCCAGCCCCAGAAUCACACCUCCUAUACCCCAGCACCAGAAUCACACCUCCUUAUUCCAGCCCCAGAAUCACAUCUCCUAUACCCCAGCCCCAGAAUCACACCUCCUAUACCCCAGCCCCAGAAUCACACCUCCUAUACCCCAGCACCAGAAUCAGACCUCCUAUACCCCAGCACCAGAAUCACACCUCCUAUACCCCAGCACCAGAAUCAGACCUCCUAUACCCCAGCCCCAGACUCACACCUCCUAUACCCCAGCCCCAGAAUCACACCUCCUAUACCCCAGCACCAGAAUCACACCUCCUAUACCCCAGCACCAGAAUCACACCUCCUUAUUCCAGCCCCAGAAUCACAUCUCCUAUACCCCAGCCCCAGAAUCACACCUCCUAUACCCCAGCCCCAGAAUCACACCUCCUAUACCCCAGCACCAGAAUCAGACCUCCUAUACCCCAGCACCAGAAUCACACCUCCUAUACCCCAGCACCAGAAUCAGACCUCCUAUACCCCAGCCCCAGACUCACACCUCCUAUACCCCAGCACCAGAAUCACACCUCCUAUACCCCAGCACCAGAAUCACACCUCCUAUACCCCAGCCCCAGAAUCACACCUCCUAUACCCCAGCCCCAGAAUCACACCUCCUAUACCCCAGCCCCAGAAUCACACCUCCUUACUCCAGCACCAGAAUCACAGCUCCAAUACUCCAGCCCAAGAAUCACACCUCCUUACUCCAGCACCAGAAUCACAUCUAUACUCCAGCCCCAGAAUCAUAUCUCCUAUACUCCAGCCCCAGAAUCACAUCUCCUUACUCCAGCCCCAGAAUCACACCUCCUUACUCCAGCCCCAGAAUCACACCUCCUAUACCGCAGCCCCAGAAUCACACCUCCUAUACCCACACCGCCUAUAUUAUUUCAUGCCACUUUACAAAUGAAUCAUAUAAAAAUGCUAUGUAA